UAUCAAAACAUUAGUCAAAUCUGACACUAGUGCCUGCUGCAAACGGCUUCGAAGUAUGCCAAAAAAGGCCUCUUUUCUGCUGAGAAGCCGCAGCUGGCUUCGGGAAGAUCGUGGUUUGCAAACCCACGCUUUACAGGCGCCUGACAACCCCAGGUUGCCCAUUGCUUCUCAGUUACGCCCACCAACUUCAGAGCCUGUCCAAAGGUGGUGGCUCAGAGACCUAACACGCGACAAGUCACUCUUCAAAGGUUUGUUUGAGGCCAUGACUGGUCAUGUGCCCCUUUGGGCAGAGCCUAACAGCAGGUCGCAGUGCUUCGGCUUAAUGCGAGCUGGGACCCGCUUCAUGGCAAAGCCCAAAGUGGUCCAAGGAUCUGUGUGGCUGAAGGUUCAAACGCGAGGUGUAUCACCACCAUUGUUCUCGAACCGUUCUGAAGUCCUGUUCGCCACGUGUGACGAGUCUCCGCACCACCGGCAUUUCGCGACCAGUGGGCCUCCUGUCCUACCAAUAACACAGGAUUUUGCAGACGUUUCAGAGAUGUGGAUCGAGUACAACAUGCAGUACGUCAAGCGUAUCCGCGAUUUGGGUCGAGAGCAAGGUCGUACAUCCUACAGCAUCAUCUCCAAGCCAAGAUCUAGAGAAGGUUGCUGAAGGAUUGCACGACGUUGAGACAUCAGUUGAUUUGCAUCUCACUUUGCAGAUGUUGCUUUGACUGACAAAAAUCUCGUCAAGCCUGGAUUGAUGAUUGAAGGUGAUGUAACGUGCCGGAUUGCCUGAGGGUAGAUGGAUGAGGGGUUGCCAACAUGUUUGAUAAUUUGAUAAAACACAUUCAUAUUAUAUACUGUAUAGUACUGUAUAUACGAUUCCUGAGGAUCCCUACCAGUGCUUAGCAUGAGACUCUCAAGCAGGUGUUUUUUCUCUCAAAAGCUCUUGCUCUGAAAGUCUACCAAGUAUAGACUUUGACCUCAAGCAGCUUGUACACUCGGUUGCAACUGUUGGCUUUAAUGUGAAGAGCUCCGCAGCAACCAAGAUACAUGUAGAAACACAAUUUGGAAUUGAAAGUGAAAUGAUCCUUGACCAGAGUUUGCCACAAUCAACGUGGCCAACCGUUAUUUGGCAUUUGCUGCAGGGUACUUUUCACCAAAGUCAGAGGUAAAUUAUUUUGCUUAUUUCAUAGUUUCGUUAGUUCCUUAGUGCUGCGUGUGCGCCUCAUUGCCAAGCAAAGAGGAUAUCACACUCAGGUCUUUCAAUAGCCUCGAGCAUGGUCUGCUGCAUCCAGUAUCUACGUCAUGUCAUGGCUUAAGGUCCGGGGAGGUUCUUGAUCGGGUCCUUUUGUCGACGAGUGAUCCCGGGUACAUUGAUUGACCAAAGCCACACUGAUUAUUGACAUCAUGAUUCUCAAACGUGAUGGCAGCAGUACCUUGUGACUUGUGGGUACUUUAUCACUACUGCAGUGGAUGUGAGAACACGCAGACCGAUUGUGUUCAGCUGGAGAUUCCUAAUUACACCUCCAGUGAUUUACAGUAAUGGGUUGUUCCAGUGAUGCCGUUGUUCCAGUGAUGCCGUUCUUGUUCAGCUGUUCAUAGUUUCAAGGAAAAACAUCAAACAAACACUUUUCGAUCGAAUCCGCAAAAACAUUCCGGAUAUUGGCGACAGACGUCGCAAAAAGAUUCACGUUCUGCGCUUUGCAGCUUAGCAUGAUGGACGAUAGAGUUGCAUUGCCUGCCCUUACGUUCCUUUUUCUAUCAUCGACCUGUCAAUCCAGAUGGAUGACCAAUGUAAUCCGUUAUCCUUGAUAAAACGUCACAAUGUUGCCUCCAUACUUCAUGUCGUGCGUUUGAAAUGACCAAAACCAAGUUUAAAAGGCCUACGAAGGCUUUGGCAGAUUGCUUGGCAAAGCAAGUCACUCUUACUCUUACUAACAAAGGAUACUAGCAGCGGGUUGCACAAAGGCCUAUAGAUGAAUUGUGAAACGUGGCGCGUGAAUAGGAGAUGCCUGUGAUUGACAAACAAUAAUGUAUACUGUAUAUUAGCAAUAUAUUAAACAAUAAUAUACUGUAUGAUCAAAUGAUCAAACAAGAACAUAUUAUACAGUAUUAAUAUAUAUAUAUACUUGCACCACUUUCGACAACCAAAUGCUGUUGGCUUUGUAUCCCCAAUGACUCGCUUCGUGGCGCGACUCAGGCUGGCUCGAGGUUCACGGGGUCCUCCACGGCUGAGAAAUGGCUUCAGGGGAUCGUCAAGAAUACCACAAGUUCCGGUGCAUUCAUCUCGUUGAGUGAGCUGACGCCGACGCAUGACUCACUGGUCUUCGUGCAACUGUCCAGCAUGUCAAAGGAAGAGCUUGAAGAUCCAGCACAAGUUGUUGAAGUUGGCGAUGAGGUGAUGGUCCGGCUCUUGGAUGUCGAUGAGACCGGGCAACGCUUGGGUUCCAUGAUCUGAGCAGACAGAAGGGGGGGUUGACGUCAGAUCAGCAGAGAGAGGUGCCCCUGGGACUCGGCGGCGUCGCACUGCCGGCCUGGUGCCAAAGCUGUGCCGACG